GCCGUCCCCGAGGGUUCCCCCCGCGCCCCCCGCGGCCCGCUGCCGCCCCCGCCGGCGCCCAGAGGCCGGCCCGGGCCCGGCGCGCUCCCGGGGCCCCCGGCGGCGGCAGCGGCGGCGGCUGCGGCGGAGCCCACCGCCGGCGCCCCGAUGAGUAACUCCCGGAACAACCGGGUGAUGGUGGAGGGGGUCGGGGCGCGGGUGGUCCGCGGCCCGGACUGGAAGUGGGGCAAGCAGGACGGCGGCGAGGGCCAUGUGGGCACGGUCCGGAGCUUCGAGAGCCCCGAGGAGGUGGUGGUGGUGUGGGACAACGGCACCGCCGCCAACUACCGCUGCUCCGGGGCCUACGACCUGCGCAUCCUGGACAGCGCGCCCACCGGCAUUAAGCAUGAUGGAACCAUGUGUGAUACCUGCCGCCAGCAGCCAAUCAUUGGCAUUCGAUGGAAGUGUGCCGAGUGUACGAAUUAUGAUUUGUGCACAGUGUGUUACCAUGGAGACAAGCACCACUUAAGGCACCGCUUCUAUAGAAUCACCACACCUGGGAGUGAGCGGGUUCUAUUAGAAUCUCGUAGAAAAUCUAAGAAGAUUACAGCCAGAGGGAUCUUUGCAGGUGCCAGAGUGGUACGAGGAGUAGACUGGCAAUGGGAAGAUCAGGAUGGAGGAAAUGGACGUAGGGGGAAGGUAACAGAAAUCCAAGACUGGAGUGCAUCAAGCCCACACAGUGCAGCAUAUGUUCUCUGGGAUAAUGGUGCUAAGAACCUUUACAGAGUUGGCUUUGAGGGCAUGUCUGAUCUGAAGUGUGUCCAGGAUGCCAAAGGAGGUUCUUUCUACAGAGAUCACUGCCCUGUGCUAGGUGAGCAGAAUGGCAACAGGAAUCCUGGUGGGUUGCAGAUUGGUGACUUGGUAAAUAUAGAUCUUGACCUAGAAAUUGUACAGUCUUUGCAGCAUGGUCAUGGAGGAUGGACUGAUGGCAUGUUUGAGACUUUAACUACAACUGGAACUGUUUGUGGCAUUGAUGAAGAUCAUGACAUUGUAGUACAGUAUCCAAGUGGAAAUAGGUGGACCUUCAAUCCUGCUGUUCUCACUAAAGCCAACAUUGUCCGAAGUGGGGAUGCUGCUCAAGGUGCAGAAGGAGGCACCUCACAGUUUCAAGUGGGUGAUCUUGUACAAGUUUGUUAUGAUCUGGAAAGAAUUAAGCUUCUGCAAAGAGGACAUGGAGAAUGGGCUGAAGCUAUGCUCCCAACUUUAGGUAAAGUUGGCCGAGUACAACAGAUUUAUUCAGACAGCGAUUUAAAAGUGGAAGUUUGUGGCACAUCCUGGACAUAUAAUCCAGCAGCAGUUUCCAAGGUGGCAUCCGCAGGAUCAGCCAUUAGCAAUGCAUCUGGUGAAAGACUCUCCCAACUCUUGAAGAAAUUAUUUGAAACCCAAGAAUCUGGUGACCUCAAUGAAGAACUAGUUAAGGCUGCUGCCAAUGGAGAUGUUGCUAAAGUGGAAGAUUUGCUAAAAAGACCAGAUGUGGAUGUAAAUGGACAAUGUGCUGGCCAUACUGCUAUGCAAGCUGCUAGUCAGAAUGGACAUGUUGAUAUUUUGAAGUUACUUUUGAAACAAAAUGUGGAUGUAGAAGCAGAGGACAAAGAUGGAGAUAGAGCCGUUCACCAUGCAGCUUUUGGAGACGAAGGUGCUGUUAUUGAAGUAUUACAUCGAGGCAGUGCUGACUUGAAUGCUCGCAACAAACGCCGACAGACACCACUUCAUAUUGCUGUCAAUAAAGGUCAUCUUCAAGUUGUAAAGACUUUAUUGGACUUUGGUUGUCAUCCCAGUCUACAGGAUUCUGAAGGUGAUACUCCUCUUCAUGAUGCAAUAAGUAAAAAACGUGAUGAUAUCCUGGCAGUCCUUCUGGAAGCUGGAGCAGAUGUUACCAUUACAAACAAUAAUGGGUUUAACGCCCUACAUCAUGCUGCACUAAGAGGAAAUCCCAGUGCAAUGCGUGUUUUACUAUCUAAAUUACCAAGACCAUGGAUUGUGGAUGAGAAGAAAGAUGAUGGGUAUACUGCCUUGCAUCUGGCUGCUCUUAAUAAUCAUGUGGAAGUGGCUGAAUUGUUGGUACAUCAGGGUAAUGCAAACCUGGAUAUCCAGAAUGUGAACCAACAAACGGCCCUCCAUCUUGCUGUUGAACGACAGCACACCCAGAUUGUUAGGCUUUUGGUCCGAGCAGGUGCCAAAUUAGAUAUUCAGGAUAAGGAUGGGGACACUCCUUUGCAUGAAGCUCUGAGGCAUCACACCUUGUCUCAGCUACGUCAGCUCCAGGAUAUGCAAGAUGUGGGGAAGGUUGAUGCUGCCUGGGAGCCAUCCAAAAACACAUUAAUAAUGGGACUUGGUACCCAGGGGGCAGAGAAGAAGAGUGCAGCAUCUAUUGCCUGCUUCUUGGCUGCUAAUGGUGCUGACCUUAGCAUUCGAAAUAAGAAGGGUCAGUCACCACUUGAUCUGUGUCCCGAUCCAAGCCUCUGCAAAGCACUGGCAAAAUGUCAUAAAGAAAAAGUCAGUGGUCAAGUGGGUUCUCGAAGUCCUUCAAUGAUUAGUAAUGAUUCUGAAACCUUAGAGGAGUGUAUGGUGUGCUCAGAUAUGAAGAGAGAUACUCUUUUUGGCCCAUGUGGACAUGUUGCUACCUGUUCUUUAUGUUCUCCACGAGUCAAGAAAUGCCUCAUCUGUAAAGAACAAGUUCAGUCUAGGACAAAGAUUGAAGAAUGUGUGGUAUGCUCAGACAAGAAAGCAGCUGUUCUUUUUCAACCGUGUGGACACAUGUGUGCUUGUGAAAACUGUGCUAAUCUAAUGAAAAAGUGUGUGCAGUGUCGGGCAGUGGUUGAACGAAGAGUGCCUUUUAUUAUGUGUUGUGGAGGUAAAAGUUCAGAAGAUGCUACUGAUGAUAUCUCAAGUGGAAAUAUCCCAGUGUUACAAAAGGACAAAGAUAAUACGAAUGUCAACGCAGAUGUGCAGAAGUUGCAGCAGCAGUUGCAGGACAUUAAGGAGCAGACAAUGUGCCCAGUGUGUUUGGAUCGCCUAAAGAACAUGAUUUUCCUCUGUGGCCAUGGAACGUGCCAACUCUGUGGAGACCGAAUGAGUGAAUGUCCAAUCUGUCGCAAGGCUAUUGAACGAAGGAUUCUUUUGUAUUAACAAGAAACUCAGUGUGUUUUGUUAGCUAAGGUAUUUGGUCAUGAGAUCUUAGUAAGCCUUUAAACUAGUAGGAGGUUCUAAUGAAUUAAUUUUUAAUAUUAUAGUUUCUUUACUAGAGUAUAAUUAAACUGUAAAUGUACCAGAACAAAAUAACUCUACAAAACAGUGUUUGAAGUUGUGUGUUUUUUGUUUUGUUUGGUUUUAUGUUUGUUUUUUAAUUUGAAACAUCAAAUUCAUGUACUUAAUAGAUAAUUUACUUUUGGCUGAGGGGGAAAAUCUAUGAAGGAGGAAAAAUCCUUUAAAGAUCUUCUUUUUAUAAAUCUGUGAGACCUCAGAAAAUACAUUUUGUUAUAACCUGCUAUCCUUCAGUUUAUCAUGAUUUGAUACAGUGAAUUGACACAGGUACUCAGAAAAGUUAUGCAUCAAAUGAAAGGGGCAAGUCAAACUAUUUUGUCACAUAUGGGAAAUAUUAAAGAGAAUUUUUUUUAAGUAACAUAAAGUUAUCCAAAUAGUUGUUUCUGAAUUCUUAGAGUAAAUGAAAGCAUAGAAUGAAAGAAUAAUGGCUUUGCAUUUAGCUUAUUUUCUAAAUUUAAAGGGGGAAGGAAACUUGAAUCUGGUUGCCAGUGUUAAAAUGACGGGUAGACAUGAAAAGGAAAAAUUACAGUGAGGAACUGAAGGGAGGAAAAUUCUUCAGUCAGAGAGUAUCUGUUAACUGCUGUUAAUGAUUCUCGUUUUUAUGUUCAUUAUACACUGUUCUGUUCAGUAAGCCUUUAAAAAAUGCCUGUGAAAAGUA